CUAACAGGUGGUGCUGAAGCAAAUAUGAGGCGGUUCCUGCUGGAGGUCCAGCUGGCCGUGUCCGGAUAUGAUUUUGCUCCCAUAUGAUUCGCUAUAUAAAUGCUGUAAAGGCUGUUUCGAGGACCAGUCUUUUCCGAGUUAUUAGAGCCAUCACAUCCUGACGAGCAUCUCGGCUUCGCUUUCAUCAUGAUGAAGCGCAGCAGGACUCUCACUUUAAGGCAGUCUCAGAAAUCCAGGUGGAUCAGCGAACGGAGAGCCCUGAUGAUGAUGGCGCAUGCGGCGGCCAAACCUCGGAGACAAACGGUGCGAAGAGCCGGUUACCUCUUCCAAGCCCACCCGUGCUCCUGCCUUUCCAUCACCGAGGAGGUGUUUCUGGAAGCUGCGGAGUAUGGCAACAUCCCUGAGGUGAGGCGGAUGCUGGAGGAGCUUCCCGACCUCAACAUCAACUGUGUCAACUACAUGGGUCAGAAUGCGCUGCAGCUGGCAGUCGCGAGCGAGCACUUAGAAGUCGUCAAGCUGUUGCUUAAGAAGAAAGAGCUUGCAAAAGUAGGCGAUGCUUUGCUGUUAGCCAUCAGUAAAGGGUACAUCCGCAUAGUAGAAGCCAUACUAAGCCACGAGGCCUUCACAGACGGCCAGAGGCUGACGAACAGCCCCGGCCUGGAGGAGACACGGGAUGACUUUUUCUCAUAUGAUGAGGAUGGGACACGAUUCUCGUACGACAUCACUCCUAUUAUCCUGGCUUCCCAGUGCUGCGAGUUUGAGAUAGUACACAUGCUGCUUUUGAGGGGGGCCCACAUAGAGCGGCCCCACGACUACUUCUGCCAGUGCAGGGCCUGCAUUGAGCAGCAGAGGCGGGACUCCUUUUGCCACUCCCAGUCUCGUAUUAGCGCCUACAAAGGCCUCGCAAGUCCAGCGUAUCUUUGCCUCUCAAGCCAGGACCCUGUGAUGACCGCUUUGGAGCUGAGCCAUGAGCUCGCAGUGCUGGCCAACACCGAGAAGGAGUUCAAGAACGACUACAAGAAAUUGUCCAUGCAGUGUAAGGACUUUGUGGUGGGACUGUUGGAUCUGUGCCGGAAUACGGAGGAAGUGGAGGCCGUCCUAAAUGGUGACACCGAAUCCUGCACUGACCCCGAGAUUUCUGGCAGACCGAACCUGAUCAGGUUAAAACUGGCAAUAAAAUAUGAAGUUAAAGAGUUUGUGGCACAUCCAAACUGCCAACAGCAUCUCCGGUCAAUCUGGUACGAGAACCUGAGUGGACUGCAUCAGCAGACAGUAGCAGUUAAAAUUCUUCUUGUCCUCGGUGUAGCUGUUGGAUUACCGGUUUUGGCUUUUAUCUACUGGAUAGCACCAUCAAGUAAGUUGGGUAAACUUAUGCGUGGACCCUUCCUGAAGUUUGUGGCUCACGCAGCUUCCUUCAUCAUAUUUCUCUGUCUGCUGGUCCUGAACGCAGCGGACCGCUUUGCAGGAACAUCGCUGCUGCCAAACAUGACCAUCCAUGAUUACCCCUCACAGGUUUUCCGGAUGAAGACCACCCGCUUCACCUGGAUGGAGAUUCUUAUCAUUUUCUGGGUCAUAGGUAAGAUAUGGGAAGAAUGUAAAGAUAUUUGGUCACAGAACCUCCAGGAGUACUUCUCAGAACCGUGGAACCUUCUGGACUUUAGUAUUUUGGCCAUUUUCAUGACCUCUUUCAUUGCCAGAUUAAUGGCUUUCUGGCAUGCGCAUUCUGCACAGUGCUACAUCGAUGAGCAUCCGCCCAACAUGACCUUGCCUUCUGAGGUACAAUAUUUUCAGCUGGCGAGAAUUCACUGGGUGCCUUCGGACCCGCAGCUUAUUUCCGAAGGCCUCUAUGCGAUUGCCGUUGUGCUGAGUUUCUCCCGCAUCGCCUACAUCCUGCCAGCAAACGAGAGGUUUGGGCCCUUGCAGAUCUCCCUAGGAAGAACGAUGAAGGACAUUUUUCAGUUCAUGGUGAUCUUCAUAACAGUCUUUGUGGCGUUCAUGGUGGGAAUGUUCGAUCUAUACUCUUACUACCUUGGAGCAAAACACAACGUGGCGUUUACAACUGUUGAAGAAAGUUUUAAAACACUAUUCUGGGCCAUCUUCGGACUAUCAGAAGUAAAAUCAGUCGUUUUGAACAUUAAUCAUAAGUUCAUUGAGAAUAUAGGUUAUGUUCUGUAUGGAGUAUACAACAUCAUCAUGGUGAUUGUUCUGCUGAACAUGCUUAUAGCCAUGUUCAACAGCUCCUUCCAGGAAAUCGAGGAUGAUGCUGACGUGGAGUGGAAAUUUGCCCGAGCAAAGCUGUGGUUUUCCUACUUUGAGCAUGGCAGCACUCUGCCUGUGCCCUUCAACCUCGUACCCAGCCCCAAAUCUGUGUUGUCGCUCCUACUGGGGAUAAAGACAUUUCUCGGAUGUUCGAGAAAAAACAAAGAAACGUCAAACAAUGACAUGGAUCUUAAAAAUCUAAGGGAACAAGGUGGACUGAAGGCAGACUUGUCUGUUCAAACUACUCGUCAUCAGAAAGUAAUGAACUGCCUCAUCAAGAGAUACAUAUUUAAAGCACAGAGAGAUAAAGAUAAUGACGAAGUGAAUGAGGGUGAACUGAAAGAGAUCAAACAGGACAUCUCCAGUCUUCGUUACGAGCUGCUGGAAAGAGGGAACCAUGAUCUGAACACACUGGCCGAGCUUGUCAGGGAGCUGGGAGAGGCCGUGCAGAAAGAAGAGCAGAGGGGGGAUAUAAUUUCUUAAAAUACAUAUAAAUACAAGAAAUAUAUAAUUUGUACAAAAUGUAAUCUCAUUUUAUGGCAUUCAAUCAGCACAAAAGGUAUGCAAAAGCCUUCAUAUUAUUUAAACCAGUCCACCUUUUGUCACCUUACAAUUAGUGUUUUAUAUGAUAGAAAGUAUUUUAUAUGAUAGACCAACAAUGACAUAGUGAAUAUUUGUGAACUGGAAAGAAGUUGUAUUACAAAUGAAAAAGUCCUAAAAGUGUGGCCUGCAUUUACAUUAAAGGAGCUGUAAGUAAGAUAUUUACUGUAAAAUCAACCUAAAUCAUUCUCAUUUGUCACCUGGGAACAUUCCUUAUAAACGAUCCGUCCUCCAUCAGCAAUGUCUUAGUCACAUUUUUCUC